AGCAAGUCCCCUUCUCUUCAUAACCCUUCCUCCCCAAGUCAAUAAACCUCUCUCUCAUCUCCAAAUUCCGCCAUUAGCACUCUCUGCUUUUGCUCGUCACAAAAUCCCUUUUAGAGUUGAAAGAAAAAAAAAAAGUGGAAAAACGAAAUACAGAAUAAUUCAACUUUCUCUCUCAAUUAACCAGGGCGCGGUCGGGAGGGAAGACGAUGGGCGACGCCGGAGGCGAGAAGAGCCAUUCUCUAGAUUCUUUCACGGAGGACGAAAUUCUGGUCGCGCAGAUUCUAAUCGACCUUCCAGACAUCAUCAGGGAUAGCAAUUCGCGCUCGAUUUUCAAGUGGGGCGGCAGAAGGAGGAGAUCUAGACUUGACGGCGGCGCACGGCCCUCCCGUGCGCAACCGUCGCCGUCGUUUCAGAGGAUUGAGGCGAGGAAAUCGAAAUCGAAGGCAGCGGCGGUGGAGGAAGUGGAGGAGGAAGACGGCGCCACCACGAGCCCCGUCACGCCGCUCUCCUUCGCGCCCAGUGAAUCUGAUGAGAAGAAAUCGAGGCACGGUUUCAGGAAAAACUGCACACAAAGGUCGAAGGAGGAGUAUUUGGAUUUGAUUGAGGAAUUAACGCAACGCAGGGAUUUGCUCAGAGGGGAGAUUGAGAAUGUAACCAAGUAUUACAACAGAUUGAAAUCCUACAAUUCUGAGUUGAAGAUAAUGAAAAAGGAGAUAUCGAAUUCUUGCCUAAGAAAAAAAGAGCUCGAAAUGGGAAAACCCCUCGAGAUGAAUAAUUUUCUCCAUCAUCGGCCCGAAAUGGGAAAAACCCUCGAGAUGAAUAAUUUUUACCAUCAUCAAAAUAGCGUGGCGCCUUAUCACCAGCUGCUCGUUCCGCGGGGCCCAGUUACAGCCCAAUUCUACCGAUCCCGUGAUGGGCUUGGUACUGUCAGCGAUGUGGGCCCACUCGGGAUCCCGGAUCUCAACAUCUGUGCUGGGGAGGAUUUUGGGUUUGACCCGUCCGGGCCGUUAACUGAUAUUGCGGCCCAGGCCAAUACACGGGCCAGAUUCGCGGAGGCCCGGAGGCUGAGAAAGGGUAUAAUCAAGAUAAAGUCCAUGAGGAGAGCGUGUGGUAUUAGAUUGCCGGUGACAAGGUGGCCGCACUCAUGACGUGACGUUUCUAUUUUUUUUCCUUGGUUAUUUUGAUAGUGAGAAUUUGUUGUUAUAUCAUGUUCGGGAAUUUCUUGGUCUGAUUGAGAAGGUUAUUUUAAUUACUAUAAGAAUAUGUAUAUGCCUAAUUCUUGCUGGAAAGCAAAAUCAUAUGAUUUUUUUUUCCUUUAUUUAUCUUUUAGUUAAAUGCAGUGUAGUAAGGAAAAAACAUGCAAUUACAUAUAAAAUUG